AUGGAACAUGUACCCUAUGCUAAUGCUAUAGGGUCUGUUAUGUAUGCAAUGAUCAGUACCAGACUUGAUCUGUCCUUUGCCAUUUCACUCCUUAGGAGAUUUAUGUCAAAUCCUGGCACAGAACAUUGGUGUGCUUUAAGAUGGGUAUUAAGAUAUAUCAAUAGCACUUCACAUGUUGGUUUGGAGUAUUGUAAAAUGGGAAAAUCACUUGAUCUUGUGGGAUUUGUAGACUCUGAUUUUGCAGGUGAUAGGGACACUAGGAAGUCAACUACUUCCUACUUUUUCACAUUGGGUAGGAAUUGUGUAAGCUUCAAAUCCCAACUUCAACCGAUUGUGGCACUCUCUUCAACUAAGGCAGAGUAUGUUGUUGUAGCUGAUGUAUUUAGGAAAGCUCUUUGGCUUCAAGGAAUCUUGUCAGAAAUGCAAUUACUUGAUGAGUUGGUGACUAUAUAUUCAGACAGUCAAAGUGCUAUUCACCUUAGCAAGAAUCCUAUCUACCAUGAGAGGACCAAAGACAUGGAUGUGCAAUUUCAUUUUGUCAAAGAAUUGAUUGCUCAAGAGGUGAUCAACUUAAAGAAGGUGGCCAUUGAAGAUAACCUAGCUGAUGAUGGCACAAAGGUGGUCAUGGCUACUAAGUUCAAGCAUUGCUUGAACUUGCUAUUUGUGAAGUAA